AUGGCAGGGAAAAGCCCGAAAGUGCAAUGGGCACUUAGGCAGAGGGCGCUGCGUGGCCGGCCUGGGCUGGUGGCGAGCGAUGCCGGAAAGGGAGGGCGCCAGACGAGGAAGCGACACACUGGACUGCCCGGACUACCAAGGCCACCCCUUCCUUUCCAGUUGGGGGCUGACAAGAAAAGGCGGCCGAUUCGGGGGCGAGGACCGACGGGCGACGGAAAAGGUCAAUUGCACCCACCGCCGACGCGAGAUUUCGAUCCUGUCGCCGCCGUCGUCCUCAGCACUGUGCCCCGGCCAGCCACCAUUCAUCCAUCCAUCGUCCAUUUGACGACGGUACGACGGCAGCACAAGUCUGCGUCGCUGGAGGGGCCUUGGUGCCCCACCAAGGUCCGGUUCAAGGCCAGUCUGGACCCCGCGGCAAAACCGCCAGAGAGCGUGGUGGUGGUCGUUGGGAUGAUGAUGCUGCCACUUUUGGACGCGCGCGACAUGUGCAUGCCGCUGGAUGCAAUGCCACUCUGGCCGUCACCAGCUAUAUUUGUUUGCGGCCGGCGGUAUUCGGCGCCAGUGACCUUCGUUUCGGCCUCCCGUCCGGCUAGCGACGCCGGCGACAAAACCUCCCCCUCCCUCUCUCCCUUUUACCCUUCUUGGUGGACAAGCCGCAUGCCCAUCCUCCGCAAGGGCUGCAGAACAGCCACCCGAAAUCGAGACUUGUCGGCCAAUGGGUCUAGUGAGCCGCCCGUCAGACACUCGCCCACAGCCAGCCAACCACCCAACCAACCGCACACCUCAGCGUCGUCCACGCCACACAACCACCACCUGCUUGGAUGCCUGGCCGGCGCCUCCCUGUGA